UCUCUCUUUCUCUCUCUAAACAUUACUAAUGGGACAGUCAAGCCAUUCAUACCCUAAAGCUUGUGCAGUUGCUCUAACAAUUUCAUAUCUGAUAGUAGCAGCUUCCGCAGGAAGUUUUUAUGAUGACAUUGACAUUACUUUUGGAGGUGAACGUGCUAAAAUACUCAAUGGUGGUCAGGAUCUCACACUUUCGCUCGAUCAAUACUCUGGCUCUGGUUUCCAGUCCAAGCAUGAGUACCUCUUCGGUAGAUUCGACAUGCAACUGAAACUAGUACCUGGCAACUCAGCUGGCACAGUCACCACAUUCUAUAGCCAACCCAUGAGGGUGUAUGCCAGCCUGUGGAACGCAGAUGACUGGGCAACCCAAGGUGGGCGUGUGAAGGCAGACUGGACUAAAGCACCCUUUACUGCUUCCUACAGGAAAUUCAAUGCCAAUGCCAAAAGAGUUGGUCCUAAUUCAAAGUCAACAAGCUCCGAAUCUGGCAACCAGGCAUGGAGUACUCAAGGGCUUGAUGCAGCUGGCAGGAACAGGAUUAGAUGGGUGCAGAACAAGCACAUGAUCUACAACUACUGCAACGACCGCAAACGGUUUCCCAAUGGUCUACCUGCUGAAUGCAAGAACUCUAGAUUCCUUUAACCGUAAGCUAGAUCUUGGUUUGCAUAUUUCAUUUUCAUCUUUUGAUUGAUUUCUGAUCUUAAAUAUUCUUUAUUCUUUGUCCUCGAUUCAAAUUAUGAUUAUAAAUAAAUAUACCAAAGUGCAUACAUAUUUUA